AUGUUUGUCGACGGCGAGGGCCGGCUCUCCAGCGCACCGUCUGAGGAGCUCGAGUACCUCAAGAAGACGGGCAUCGACGACUAUCUCUUCGCUGCCCGGACCGGCUGGCUCGCGUUCUUCCUCUGCGGCCUGCUGCUGUGCGCGCUUCUCGAGCGCGAGAUCGAGCUCGCCUUCUUCGUGCCCCUCAUCAUCGGCCACGGCGGCAACUCGGGAGGCCAGGCGGUCUCCACUGUCAUCCGCUCCAUCGGCCGGCGAUCGCCCUCCGGCUCGGAGGCGAUCUCGACGGUGGCGACCGAGGCGCUCGCUGGCGCGCUCCAGUCUCUGCUGCUCGGCUGCCUCGUCGGCCCCGCGCUGCACUUCUUCCUCGACACGUCACGCGCCGUCUCGACGGUCAUGGCAACCACGCUGCCUCUGCUCGGGCUCUUCUCGAACUGCACCGGGGCGAUGCUCCCGUUCCUCACCGCUGCGCCAGGGCAACUUGUUGUCAUCCGCAUGCUCUCCCGUACGUCGUACUGA